UGCUCUGACUGUUUUGUGGUUCCGACAUGCAAUAGCCUUUGACAUAUGUAUUGCAAAUAACUUUUGAAUUUGAAAUUUUGAAAUUCGCGAUGUCAACUAAUCAGGCUUCUGCUGAAAAUCAAUCUGAGAAUGAAAUUUCACAGCAUGAACAAGAUCUGCAAACUAUAUUAGAAGAGAUACAGAAUUGUCAUGUAAAAAUAUGUAACAUUUUACAUGGAGAAGAGGAAGUACCUGCUUGUGGUUACUGGGUAAUUUUAAAUAAGCAUUUGUCUUAGUUCCAACUUUUACGGAAGACAGCUUCUACUAGCUUAGUAGCAGAAUAAAAAGUUGUAUGUAAUUUUCUACACUUUAUUGCAUCUUCCUUUUCAAGGAUUUAGUACAGCUGCAAGAGCAAAUGGUGCAUUUCGUCGAACUUGUGAUCCACAAAUUAGACUAUUUAAAAUCGCAAAGGAGCAAAAUCGGCAAUGUGGAUAAUACAUCCCAUUCUGCACCAGUGGUGGAUGCUUCUUCAAAGGAAAGCGAGGAUGUCCAAAAAAUCAUCCAACAAACAACAGAGAUUCCGCGAGUUAAAAGCAUGGAAGAGAUUGCUGGCCUAUGGGAAGUGAAAAAAGUAAUGACAUCACUCGCAAUAUUGCCAAGAAGCCAACCUCAAUUAUUUGUAAACCACAAAGUGUCCAAGAGCAUAUUACUUUAUGGUCCUCCAGGCACGGGAAAAACUCGUCUAGUACAUGCUCUUGCAUCAGAAGCCAAUGCAGUUUUGCAUAGCGUCAGCUCCAGUAACAUUUUAUCCGCUUAUGUAGGACAAUCUGAGAGAAACCUGAAAUAUUUAUUCGAACACAUGAGAACUACAAAUAAGUUUAGCGUCCUUUUCAUUGAUGAAAUAGAUGGAUUUUGCAGGAGAAGAAAUGCUGCCGAACAAGACCACAGCCGUAGGCUGAAAACGGAACUGAUGUGCCACCUCUCCAAGAUGGAGGAAAAUCCAAAUGCAAUGCUCAUUUGUGCAACCAACUGUCCGUGGGACUUGGAUACAGCGUUUUUGAGACGAUUUCAUAAACGGCUGUACAUCCCCUUACCUGGACCUUCAGAAAGGCACGCUCUUCUAAAGUUGUUCACACAACAAACUUCACUUGAAAUUGUCAGUUCCUCGUGGCAGUUCAUUGUAGAGAAAACCGCAGGAUUUUCUGGUUCUGACAUCUACAACUUAGUUCAGGAAGCUCUCAGUAUUCCUAUUUUAGAACUGCAAGAUACAUCUGUCUGGAAGCAUUGCACUGACGGUUUUUACGAGCCUGCCACCUGUGAGUGUAUUAAGGACUCAGAAUGCCUCACAAUCUUCAGUAAAAUAAAAUAUCUGCCUCCUUGUUCUGUGAGAGCUAGACCGCCCAACGCAGAAGAUCUACUCAUGACUAUACACAGGAUUAAACCAACAGUGUCAGCAGAAGAGAUUAAGAAGUUUGAGGAGUUUAAUGUUAACUAACCCCAAUAACAUGAUUCUAGAUCUGUGGAGAUAUAGUUAUGUAAUAGUUAAGCCUAAAAUUUAUAUUUCUUGAAGUGACAGCAAUAGUGAAAAAUGUAUUUUCAUAACAUGUUAAAUUUUAAACAGCCGAGAGUUUUGUAUUUUGAACAGUAUUUCAUAAUUAGACCUGUUUAGGCUACUGCACUGAUGUCAAAUACUAUAAUUUGUUAGAUAUCUUUCCUCAAAAAAAAAUUGAAUAUGUACUUAGUUAUUAAGUUAUCAGAUGAUU